AUGGCCACCGCCGCGCCGCUCGACGAAGCCAAGGCGAAGAGCGUUCUCCGCCAGGUUCCCGAUCCCGUCUUUUUCUACUUCAGCGACAGCAACUUCCCCCGCGACAAGUUCCUGCGGGAGACGAUCGAGCAGAGCGACGAUGGCCUGGUGAGCUUGGCCUUGAUAUGCUCCUUCUCGCGGAUGAAGUCGCACUUGGGGCUCGACUCCGCUGUGAAGCCUGAGACUGUGCUGGAAGAGACCGUGCUCGCGGUUGCUGAGGUGCUUCGGCGGUCUCCGGUGCUCUGCGUAUCAGAGGAUGGAAAGAAGAUUGGUAGACUUAUUGAGCUUUUGAAGCCAGAUGAUAUCACAGAGCAAGUAGACUAUAGGAUAAUUGCUACAUCACCGCCGCCUUACAAUGUAAAGCUGGAAGAUGUCCAAUCAUUCUUCGCACAAUAUGGAAAGGUGAACAGUGUGCGACUGCCAUGUCAUACUGCAAACAAAAAGCACUUCUGUGGCACUGCUUUAGUCAAGUUUUCUGAAGAAGAGGAAGCAAAACAAGUUAUGAAGCAUAGUUUGUUUUUUGCAGGGGCAAAUCUGGAAAUAAGACCAAAGAAGGAGUUUGAUGCUGAACAUGAGUCUAAAAAAGAAGCAUAUGAAAAGGCUCACCCUAGCAAGGACAGCCAGGACGAAGGCUAUCCAAAAGGCCUAAUUGUGGCCUUCAAAUUGAAGAAAACCACAGUUAAUUCUGUGGUGCAACAAAAUAACAUUGACAAAGUGAAUGACUCUGCCACCGAAUUAGAAACUUCCAAUUCCAUGGAGAAACCAUCAGGCCAGGGGUCUGAGGAGAGGGUCCCUGAGAGCAGUGAUACAAAGGAAGAGAAGUCCUCAGAUGACAUGACUGAAGAGAAAGAGGUAAACACUAGCGAAGUUACAGAAUCGGCAGAGAAGUGCAUUGGCGAUGCUUUCAUACAAAGUGAAAAGCGUGGUGAUAGUGAAUCAUUGAUCAUGGAUGGCAGAAGCAUUUCUGGCAAUGCCAAGAACCGAAUCUCGAGGGAGGAUCUAAAAGAAGCAUUCAAAAAAUUUGGAACCGUUCGGUUUGUGGACUUCAGCAUCGGGGAUGGUUCGGGAUACCUUCGCUUUGAAGAUUCUAAGGCAGCUGAAAAGGCUCGCAUGUCUGCUGUACUAGCUGAUGAAGGUGGCUUGAUAAUAAAGGACCACAUUGUUACUUUGGAGCCUGUGACCAGUGAAGCUGAGAAGGAUUAUUGGAACACAAUACGCAGCAUUCAAGAGAAGUACAAGGAUAAUAGAAGCUACAAAGGAAGGGCUGGAAAGAACUACAGAGGAGGAAAGCAGUUCAACGGUAAGCGAGGUAGAAACCCCGACUCUGAGAAGAAUUCUAAUAAGGCCCAGAAGGUCGAAGCUGCUGCGUGAGGUUAAUUUUGGUACCUUAGCUCGACUGAGAAGUAACAUGUUACGCCGGUAUGCUUACCCUCACCAGUCUCCAGUUUGUACUUGACUUGUUUUUUUUAUCGGUUUUUGUAUUAUUUUCGUUUUGGUCGUUUUGGCGCCUUGUUCCUAUGGUUACUUCCAUAUUAUGAGCCUUCGGUAAUGAGUUUACCGUGACAUCAACCAAUAUCUUGUAAAUUCAG